AUUUCAACCUGUGAAACAUAUUAUGAUUAUCAGUAAGCAUUCUGCAGUCUAACUUUAAGUUUUAUAUAAAUAUUUGAUUAUCACAUAGUUGAUUUUAAUAUUGUGGAUGUAUAUAUCAGGUUUUAGAAGUGAGUAAUUUUCUUAUGCAUUUAUUUCGAAAUCUUAUCACCUUGUAAAAGUAGUUGAUUAGUGAGAAUAAAUGGUUGUACAUCAAUAUGCACCAGUUUUACAUAUUUUAUCACAAUACAAAUAUCCAUGUAUUUUAUGAUAAGUUUGAUUACAUGAACAUUUCAGUUUCCUAAUUAUAGUUACAUUAAAUGAACGAUGAAUUAGAAUUGUUUGUGCUAUUCGGUAAAAGUAACACGAUGUUAAAGUCAGUGAAGUGGAUAAUGAUACUGUAAAAUGUUAUAUUAGUUAAUCAUACAGGAAAAAGCUUGUUUGAAUCAGUAAAAAAGCAAACAAACAAAAUAACCGAUAUUGAAUUCCAUUCAUCUCUUCUAACUCAUUAAAACAUUUAAGGUGAAUACAAACAGUGGAUAUGUUGUUUUAGGACACAUCACAUUCAAAUGAAUCAAUAAGUGUACAGCACCGAUGUUUGUGUGUGCGCACAUGGUUAGAAAUUGAAUUAUCUUCACACUGGUUUACUAAUGACGCAUUGAUAAGUUUUCUUCACUUAAGAUUAUUUGCAUACAUACAAAUUUUAUAAAUGAUAUAGUUAACCAGCAGGUAUAUUUGUUAAAAACGUACAUUUAUGUUCUUUUUUUCUAAUGUUUACUAAUUCUGAUGUCUGGCCAUUUUAUUGUUGUUGUUAAAUGAUAUUUUUAGGAUUUGCCGGACCUAACCAAAAAUCGUUGUUGAACUCUCAUUCAGCGGCUUGUAUAUGAUAACGGUAGAAGCAGUUCCCGAAAAAUAUACCCUGAAGCUUUAGAUCACUCUCCAAGUCUUAUACUAAGUUAGGAAAUCUUAGCAUUAAUAAAUUCGAAUCGUGCUUAUUGACACAAGUUAAGAAAUAUUGACUUGCAUUAUAUAAUUAUGUAUUAAACAUUUUAGUUUACUUGGAUAUUUAGUAUUAAGCGUCUUAUAGAAUAAAUAUUUGAAAUGAUGAAACUGACCUCGAUCAUACUUGUGAGGUUUACCAUCUACAUGAUAUAUCUCAGAUUAUUCGGCAGAUGUUUGUCGAAGAAUAUCAGCCUGAUUCAUUUUUUUAAAAUAUGAACUACAAUUUUUGUUGGGCAAAACUAUUAGUUUCAAAGCUAAGAGACAAUCAAACGAUUCAUAUACACUCAUAUCUGGUAUCGUAAAAUUUCAACAAUUUAUGUUCAUUAUGCAGUCCAAUAAAGAAGUCGAUGGAUUUGCAUAAGUUUUCUUUCAGGUACUUUGAUUAUUCGCAAGGGAAAAAAUUUCUUGAUAAACAAAUUAAGAUUAUGAAUAGGAAAAAAGUUAUUGGCGGGUUUUUUUUGUUCCUCCAUUUUCAAAAAGAAUCAGUCUUGUUAUUCUAAACAUCAUAUGUUACUAUUUAGUUAUCGAAAUUAUUACUGUUAGACAAACAAAUUAAAGAUAAAUUGUUAACUUUUUAGUGGUUUUUAAAUUGUAUGAAUAUCCCUUGAUGAAAUGUGUUCAAGGAUAUAUAUAUAUAUAUGGUUUCUAUAGUUUGUUACCUUUUUGGGAGAUUGAAUGCUUUAGCUUUGGGAAAAAUCACCAUUCCGCUUGAAAUGAAUGGCACUUAUAUAAAGUAUAUGUGAUUUGUGAUGCUCAGUCGCUUGAAAUUACGCUAAUAAAUUAAUGCUUUUCUAGUCUUACCAGCUAUUUUUUUAAAAAAUUCUUAGCUUUUCCGUAACCUUCUAAUGCAUUGCAUAGACAAAUUAUAAAAGUAGUCAGUAAAACUUGGCCGAAUUUCAUAUUCAAUUGAACGUUAUAACUAAGCGCCUUGGGAUAGAUAAUUUUGAUUUGUUUUCAAUUUUGUUCAAGUUGAGAACAUUUUCUUAUUAUCUCAGGUCACAACAGUUUAAGACUGAUGGUAAAUAAAUUCACUGUGAAUAAAGCACAUAUUUAUAACUCUACUCUUAAACUCUGUGUUGAUGAAAUAGUUUAAAUCGCACCAAACAUUCCUGUCAUGGUUCCUGUCCUGUGGUAAAUGGACGAGGCUAUUGCUGGGGUCCAAAGCCUGAGAUGUGUCAAAAAAUGCUGAAAUGCGCUAACAAUCUUGAUAACUAUUGUCUUGGUGGUAGAGCGACUACACAACCGUGUCUGGAAGAAUGCUUGGGUGGAUGCGAAACUCGUCCUGGCAAUUGUAGAGCAUGCAAACAUGCGAUGAAUGAUGGCAAAUGUGUAUCACAAUGUCCUCCACCAUUGAUAGUUAGUCGAGAAGAGAGUAGAACUAUUGCGAAUCCAGAAUUCAAAUAUAACUUUCAUGACAUUUGUGUUAAAAAAUGUCCAGCACCAUUUCUGAAAUCAGACAGUUACUGCGUCAUUGAAUGUGACCUGAAUACCCAAAUUCCUGUUAAUGGAACGUGCAAGGACUGUCCAAAAUCUGGAUGUCCUGAACAUUGUAAAGAAGAAACAAUCUUUCUAAAUGGAAGUUUGAAUAUCUUACAAUCAAGUUCACUACGGAAAUUUAAAUCUUGUGUUUAUUAUACUGGUGGUUUGUAUAUAAGUAAAGAAUCUUUUCAAAAAAGUUCACUGUUUCCAGAUCCAAUAGAAAAUGUCAAUGAACUCUACAAUUUGUUGAGCCUGAAAUCAAUUGUUGGGUACAUCUAUUUUGAUUUACGUGGAGCUCCAGAAGAAUUAAAAAAUCUAACAUUUCUGGAAAAUCUAGAAUCAGUUGUUUUGGAAGUGAAAAGUCAAUCGCCAGGAGCAGUGAUUACAAUUAUGAACGGAGAACAUAUCGAGUCAUUUGGUUUCAAAUCACUUACUAAUAUUGGGGGUUAUGUAUAUUUGAAGAAUAUGCCGAAAUUAUGUUAUAUUAGUGCGUUAACAAAAAUGUUACCUGUACGUAUGAUAGAUGUACAAGAUGAAGAACUUUGUGCUAAACGUGGUCACGUUUGCCACAGUGAAUGUUUACCAGAACUUGGUUGUUGGGGUGCUGAAGCUAAUAUGUGUGCUCAUUGUUGUGGUUUAAAGGCUGGUGAGUAUUGCGUGUCUCGAUGUACAGAUCAUCCUGGCUUUUAUGAACUUCCAACAUCUUUCAAUCAUUCAAUUCUGGGAAAGACCAAUAAUAAUCCUGUUUGUCGAACUUUACCCUUAACUAAAAGUGACUUGGCAAAAAUGGAUGAACAAGCAAUCAUUGCAUCCGUAGUCCCUUCAGAAACAUGUGCCAUCUGUCAUCCAGAAUGUGCUCAGACAUGUUAUGGUCCUAAUGCAAAUCAGUGUGUUGGAGAAUGUAAGCACUACCAGCAUGGUGAUACCUGCUUACCUGAAUGUCCACAAAAUACAUACGUAGAUCCACAAACCCAUUAUUGUUUACCUUGUAAUGAGUCGUGCAGUCACAUACUGACCACUGGGAAAAAUCACUUAUGUAGUGGCCCAGGGAACUUUCUUGGCUUGGGUGGUUGUGAAACAUGUUGGACAGUUAUACAAGAUAAGACAACAAACAAAUACCAAUGUCUACCCGAUGAUUGUCCUCCCAAACACUACACAGAAUCUUAUCAAACACAAGAUUUUAUAAACAAAGAAAAUAUCAUUGUAUCUUCUCAUAAUCAAGUUAAAAAAGGUGAACUUGGGGGUAUGAUCCGUGUGUGUAAACCGUGUCAUCCAUUUUGUGAUUUAUGUACAGCAAACGGAACACAUGCAUCUAUAUGUCAUAGUUGUACUCAUUGGUGGUUUAAAUCAGAAUGUGUAGAGGUUUGUCCACCCGCGGAAACAUAUUCACUAGCGGGAUCUGAUAAAGAGUCGGACAAUGAAGAAAAUGAUUUAAUUACUCUUAGUAACAAUACCCAGUUCUCAUCAAAUCAAUUAAAAGAAUUCACUUUUCUAUCUAACGUUUCUGCCACCACUAACGCUAGCAUUGAUGCCAAUCAACAAGAAUACAAAACGUCCUCACUAGCAGCUCCAGUAUUUCUAAUUAAAUUGAAACGUUCACAGCGUCGAUGUUUGCUCUGUCAUGAACAGUGUAUUCAAGGUUGUUCUGGACCUGGUCCAGAAGAUUGUGUUAAAUGUAGAAAUUAUCAAAUUAUCUUGGAUGAAGAAACGAAUAAAUUCGUUUGUAAUUCUUCCUGUCCAGAAGAUCGCAAUCAUAUUUUUCAUGGCAUGUGUUUAACAGCUGAACAAAAUGCACGUUUAUCUGGUCAAACAGCUCGAGAAUUGCGUAACAGAAUUCUUAUUGCUGUUUCUAUUUCCAUAUUUAUUAUUAUUGCACUCGUUACAAUAAUACUGGUGAUAUGUUUGAGACGGAAAGCUGAAGCAGAAAAAAUACGUGAACAACUACGCUCAGCAUAUACUAACUUGUUAGAACCUGAUAUGAAAACCCAAUCCGUAAGUCGUGAACCAAACAUGGGGCGGCUGGAAAUGAUCAAUCAGGAUGACUUGUCUUGUGAUUUCAACUCAGCUCCUCUAGGAACAGGAUCAUUCGGAGCUGUAUACAAAGGUGUAUGGAAAGUACCUAAACAUGCUCUACUUCGAUAUAAUUGGCAUAGAGGUGCUCAACUAGAUGUUGCAAUUAAAGUUAUCUUAAAUGAUUCACCUGAAUGUUCAGUAACCACAAACCCAUCGUCCCCAUUUGAAGCUGGUAAUUCGUCUUAUUCAGAAGAAGAAGCGAAGCGGGCAUCCGUACGUGCUAAUAUUGAGGAACUUCUUCAGGAAGCUAAGGUUAUGGCAUCUGUUAUGCAUCGUCAUUGUCUUCCAUUAAUUGGAAUAUGUCUAUCUAGUGAACGUCAUUGUCUAGUUUCAAUAUUCGUCGAAUUAGGGGCUUUGGAUCGCUAUGUGAAACAACAUGCAGAUGAAUUAAAUAGUCUUACACUUUUAUCUUGGGCUGAGCAAAUUGCUGAUGGAAUGAGCUACCUGGAAAUGCGUGGAAUUAUCCAUCGAGAUUUGGCUGCUCGAAACGUUCUCGUUCAGACACGUGAACAUGUACAGAUUACUGAUUUCGGUUUAGCUAAAAUGUUAGAACGCCGUGAUGAAGACAGUGUCAUCGUAAAAGCUGGUCGUGUCCCAAUACGUUGGUUAGCUAUAGAAACACUACAAUAUGGGAUUUAUUCUCACAAAACAGAUGUUUGGAGUUACGGUGUGACGUUAUGGGAAAUAUUUACAUUUGGCAAACGACCAUAUGAAGAUGUUGAUACUGUAGAUAUUAAGGAUCAUGUAAUCAAAGGUGGACGUUUGACUCAACCUGACAUAUGCACUUUGGACGUUUAUAUGGUAUUGGUAAAAUGUUGGAUGGAAGAUUACGAGUCUCGUCCUACAUUUAUUGAACUUAUGCGUACAUUUAAUACAUUUUGCAAAACUCCUGGCCGUUAUCUAUACAUUGAAGGUGAUCAAUAUGCAAUCAAUUACUUUCACAACACAAAUUCAGGUUCUGGGAACUUUUCUUCUGAGUCUCAUGAACUCCAACCGAUGUUGUCCGUACGCGGGGUCCCUGAUGGAGGUACAACGCCACACAGGAAUAAUAGUUUACACCGUCAUCAUACUAUGUUAACAGAACCAAGUAUGACUAGACCUUAUUCUUCAGGAAAGCUACUUCGAGCUUUAUCUGACCAGCCUAGUGAAAGAUCUGAUCCAUUUUCCGUUGGUCAGACUGAUGAACAUACAGAAACACAACUUUUGCUACCCAUUCGAUCAAAUAAUGGUAACGCUGGAAACCAUUCUACCUGGCAAUCACGGCAGCAUGGAGUUGGAACUGGAGGUUUGUCAAAUACCUCUGAUACAAAUUUUUCAGGGCUAGGUAGAAUAUGGAAGAGAUCAAAUUUUCAUGACAAAGUCAACUCAGAUAGUAUAAGUUUGGUAAAACAACACAAGGCUCCUUUGGCUUCCCGAGAGGAUUCUUGGUUAAAUGAUAUUCCUAGACAGUCAGAUCAUCCUGAAUCAAUAAGUUCUGUUGCUUUAUCUGACCCAGCUACUGCUUCUACCACUACUAAAACUUCCGAAUGGUCAGGAAUAUCACCUUCUUAUAAUAAAUCACGCAAUCAUUCCAAUUUUGGUGGUAAAAAUUUAGAAGAAAUGAGCACUAAAUUCAGCCCGCGCACACAUGACAAUUCAUCAAACGGUUUUAGAAAAAAUACUGUUUCAGACUAUCUGCUUGAGCCACCACCGCCACCGCCUGUACCACGUGGCUUACCAGAUGACUAUUUACAACCGAAGACUAAAAAUCCUUCAAAUAUAUCAAACGCAUACAGUAGUGCGCCGUCAAAAUCAAUGAAUUAUACCGAAUUGGGCCCACCAAUGGUUACCAAUGCUUCUACUACUAGAGAUGAAUACUUAAGUCCGAAUAUGCAGCCACCAGAAGAAUACUUAUCUCCAAUAUCCAGUGGAUUUAGCGUAACCAAUCCAGAGUAUUUAAUGGAAACAUACGGUCAUCCACAUCAAUACCCAGAGCCAAAUACAUUAAAACAAAGCACAAAUCCUGCUAGCGAUUCAAAUUCCCCGCUGAAAUUGCAGGAUAAAACAAACCAAAAGUAAACUCUAUCCUGCUGCUUGUUUUUAUCGUAUCUGUUGUUACUGUGGUUUUUCGAAGCAGUUACUUUUUGCCUAAUUAAAUACAUUUUAAAAACAAAUUCUGCUAAUAAUAUCGAAUUUACUGUUAACGCCUCUAUUUGUCAACUUUCGUUUUUAUUUACGUUUUACUGCCCGUUUUGUUUAUAUAUGAAAUUUCCUUGGUUUCUUUUACAUAUUAGUGAGUCAUCCUCGCUGGAAUUAUAGAUACAAUCGUUCCACUUUCUCCCCACCAGAAUAGCGCAAAACAACAGACUAUUCAUUUUAAAAUGAUAUAGCAGUGACACUGAAUGUGUUACUUCCUUCUAUUUUCAUUUUAUUAUUUGACAUACCUAUAAAAACCAAAUAAAGAAUGAUCAAUGUGUAAACACUCCGGAAGUCAAUGCACAAACAUGUUCACUAUGGAAUUCGUAUGGUUCAUUCGUCGUGAUGAUAGGUAUUGACAUUUUUCAACGAUUAAAGAUAAAGUCAAGGAUGAAUGAAGAACAAUAAUACUGUAAGAAAAAGAGAUGCAUCUCAACAUUCAUGUCCCCUCCUUCUCCUUCCGUAUUUUUAAUUCCAGUUUAUUGAUUAUAUACAAACAGAUACAUACUGCUUCUUACUAGCAUUUAUAUCAAAGUAUUACUUCAUACCAUUGCUUCCUGUGUAUUUCGGGUAAUUCUCUUCUCAAAAAGCAUUCAAUUUAUCUUGAAUUAUAAUUGCUUGCUUAUCUAUGGACUCACUAAAAUUGUUUGUUGGAUUGUCUUCUAUGCAUCAUUCGUUGUUCCCAAGAUAGGCAGAAACCAGAACAAUGAGGAUAUAUAUCGAUAUACCGCUUGUUCGUAAUAAGCACUGUUUGCAAACACUGCCUUAUAAACCAAACAUGUUUUAGAUGCAUUUAUUGUCAGAUUCGACGACCUUUUAAUGUAAAUAGACAUCAUUCUUUUCGUUGUCAUUUGCAUGCUGGUUCUUUUUUAAACAAAUAAUAUGAAUACUAUCUAUUUUACAUUCAAUCCGAUAUAAAAACAAAUACUGAGGCGAUUAUGUUUUUGAAAACUACUACCUACUAAAAUAAUCCCAAGUAGCAAAAUGAAGUUUGUUAAAAUAUUAUACC